AUGGAGUCUACAGUUAUUGAGCUAAGCAAGCAAUCUCAACAUCAGAAAUUGGUUGAUUAUCUAAAUGAGCAACCCUUGGAAGAGAUUACAAAAUCUACACUCUCACAACUAAAUAAUGGCUCAUUGCUGAAUAAUGAUCCAAUUCCUUUUAUUCGAGCCAUUAUCUUAGGCUCGCCUUUAGACGGAGGCGAGGAUUGUAUCAAUCGACGCUGUGCACUUCUUGACAACAUUAUUACUUGGAUGAGUAACGAUGUAGAGAGUAUAAAUGGAGCUUCAGCGAAAAUUGCAGCCAAUGUAGCUAAUCUAAUUUGGCCAGAGGCAAGGAUAUUUAAAAAUGAUAAUAUUGAUAAAUUACCUGUUCACGACUUGCACAAAGCAAGCAUACGGAUACUAAACAUAAUUUAUGAAGACAAACCUAUGAAUCCGCGUCUAUUUGAGAUCAUCUCUAAAGUGUGGAAUAUUUUAUCUGCAUCUGAUUUAGCCGCAGAAGCCGAUAAAAUGCUCAACGAUAUUUGUAAAAGUGAAUGGCAUGCUGACGUGGCGAUGAGGCUGGCCUCUGCAUUCAAUGAGAUGGAACUCACUCAAAAACAACUGGAACGUGUUAUUAGUCAAUCGCUAAAACAGCUCGCUAAACUUGACCCAGAAGAAGUUCCUCCGUUUAUUUAUCAGCUACUUUUGCUUUCUCGAAAGGGCCACAAGCGCUUGAUAUUGAGUGGGAUCUGCGAUUUUUUUGCAGAUUGCAACAAAAGGCCAGAUAAUUUAGAGGCAUUGAGUCGCACACAAGGGACAGUAAUGCUCCAUAUAUCUUUUGCUAUUAAGCAAGAUCAGGAAUUGGGAAUAGAACUUGUCAAGUACUUAAAGUCUGAAAGGAUAAAGAUGCUAGAAACAUUUAAUAUGGCAUGUCUUUUGUCGACAGCACGUCUUCACAGAUUAGAAGACAACAUUUUUGACCUUAUAAAAACCACAAUUAUAACAAUCUACAGGGAUACAGACAGGUCGCGAAAAAAUGCAUGGAUAUCAAAGUAUUUUAGCGUAGACGGUGAUGCUGUGAAGAAUUUGCUUUUGGACAUUGCUGAAAGGUCGGCAUCAGGAUGGGAUCAAGUUAUUCAGAGCCUUACAAAACUCGCGAUGAUUUUGAUCGACACCGUAGCUAAUCAAGGAAACGGGCUCAAAUCAAGUAAGAAUUUGGUUAACAACAUCGAUCUCUGUUAUCACCAGUACCUUAUGAAAAUGGCUGUAAAUAAAAUAGAUACGGUAACCGUUAAACCCAGUAAAUCAGCCGAACAAAAACCCAUGGACAAGAUAUCAUCUGUUGGCAUCGAUAUUUUGCUGAAAAUGUUCAAACUUCAUGAUGUGGUACGCGGUGAAAUACUAGAACAAAUCACAUCGCGUAUAGUAUCACGCUCCAAUAGUGCUGUGGAUUUCUUACAACUAUUAGAAAAUAUCAUAAAAAAACACCCACAUGCCGCUGAAAAUUAUCUCAAUAAUAUCAAAGACACAUUGGAUUUCCUUUCAUUCUUACCCAACCCUGCAGCCCGCCAACUUUUAACAGCUAUACAGCCUGUAGCAAGUGAAAAUGACCAAUUUCGCGACGGACUAAUGUUGGUUUUACGAAAGAGCAUGUUCUCAAAAGAUCAGGAUGGACGUAUGAUAUCUGUCUAUGGAUUUCUCAAACUUCUUCAAGGACAUGUGUCUGAAGACACGAUACGUGAAGGAAACAAUAAAGCAACACUGUCUAUUGCUUCAGAAGAAAUUGCAUUUGAGAUAUUAGGGUUACUGCGUCGUUGUUUUAGUCAACAGAUAGAGGUUAGAGCAGAAGCUUACGAAGGUCUUGGAAGGUUAGCAGGCCAGCGUACUACCUUGGCUGGUGAUAUCUUUGAAAUUCUUUAUGCUCAGCUUCUUAAAAUAUAUCAACAAGAUACUGGUGUUCCUACUCCCUUGAAGCUGGAUGUUUGCGUUGAAAAUUCUUUAACAGGAGGUCGUCCUCGCAUUGUAGAGCCUAUUCCAAUUUUAUUGGCUAGCAUUCUCAAAACUUUACGUAUUCUCGACACAAUGGAACACAAUUCUGUGACAUCUGAAUCAGUAAAGCAAUGUCGUGAACAUAUUAGCUCUCUUACAUUCCGCCUUUCAAAAGCUGAUCCAGAUGACUAUGAACUUGAUAAAUCCGCCAAUUUUGAUGCCUCCGCUUAUAUUGGCCAACGAAAUUUGUUUUAUUCCGAACUUCUCUUGGGAUCCUAUGAAGCUGUUAUGGAAUAUGAGUUUAUGACCCAAAAGAACUCACAAGAGUCUUGCGAGCUUGUACUAAAUAUUUUCAAGAAACGUAAACUUCUUCUUCAGUUGGUAAAGGAGAAUGCAGCAGGAGAUAAAGGGCGUAAAGUUACUCCUUACCUUUCGAGUAAAUCAAUCCUGUCAUUAGAAUUCAUUACAUCAAUCACUCAACUGAUGUUUAGUCGUGAUACCGUAAAUAGUCCAAUAAAUGUAUUACGCUCGGAUAUCAACUUUGUUUAUUACAUCGUAUCUGCAACUUACAACGUACUCAAGGAGGCUAUUGAAGACGAAACCAAUGAAAGUGGAGAAGAGAAUUUCACGAGUUGUGUUAUUCUUGGGAAGGUUUAUAUACAUAUUCUAAUGACUGAAGGUCCUGACAGUAGUUUUGUUGAAUCCCAACCAAAGAAGGGAGUUUCUACUUUGGGAAUGUUAAUCGACACAUUACACGGAGUAUUUGAGAUCAUUACCAAAACAUGGCCAAAUCGUUUUAUUGAAUUUACUGGAUCGCUGUUAAGUUCGAUAGAGAACGCUUCUGAUCCAAAAGAUUAUACAUCAAGCAACAAUUUAAUUCUAUCCAAAAUGAUUGAAAACUUCGAGAGUGUCGUUAUAAGCUACUUGUCGGAUCGCUCGCCGCUGUAUCGAGAAGCUACCCGAGUGAUGCAAACGAUCGUCUUUUUUUCUGCAAGGCUGGAUCGUAAAGCACCUGGCUUUACAAAAUGUGCCCAAAACAUUGUUACUUGGCUAGAUGGCUUUGUAAAGGAACGCUCGAUUGAAGAUAUACCGCUUGCCAAAGAAAUGGUUAUGACACUCAUUCAAAUAAGUGCCGAAAUCGAUAGCUUUGAUACUAUUAUCGCAAUUUCUAAAGAUGUACAUACAAUUCUUGGUGAUCUAGAAUUCGAGGAAGACAUCGACCACAAUGAACUCAAUAUUUCUUACAUGCUAAUCAACGAAAAAACUUGCGGUGCCAUCACACUUCAACUUUUAUCGUUUCUUGAUCAAGCAUUUGAAGAUAUGGCUUGGUGUAUUGGGCAUCUUAAGCUUUCCACAGACUCUGCGCCUGAAUUCGAAUUGGCCGUAUGCAAGCGCAUGUUGUCUUACCUAUCAAUUACCAGUGAGCUGACAAAAACCGUACUUGUCGGUAUUCCAGCUGAAAAUCUUAUCAAGGUUCUUGCCAAAACCUACAAGACUCUGCUUGCCUUAGUUAAAUAUAAAAUAAGUAACCUUGUCGAGAUAACUGAUGACUUUGUCGCAGUAAUUGCUAUGGCUGGAACUGGCGUUACAGAGAAGAUGUAUAGAUUUCUGACAAUAUAUGGUCAGUACCAAGACGACACUAUCGCACAAAGUGGUCGUAAACAAAAGGGGAAGGGCAAAGAACCUUCGAAUGCACGCGAAAAGGCAAAAAUCGUGAGAGAAGCAAAGAUAAUUCCUAACUUGAUUUUUGUUGUGGAGCAAUUUGAACGCCAUUUGAUCCAAUUAAGUCGAAAAUCUAAAAAGGAUCUCAUGCAGUAUAUGAAGCGUAGUACGUCGCGCGACUUUAAAAUUAAAGCUGAUAUAGUAGAAGAAGCUACAACGGAAGACACUCAACUGAAAGGGUCACAUGCCUAUGAAACUGGUGAUGAAGAUACUGGAGCUCAAGCUGGUGAUGGGGAUCAAACUGAAGAAGAAGACCAAGAAGAAGACCAAGAAGAAGAGGAAGUAGAAGAUCAAAGUGAAGAACAAUCAUCACAUACUACCAAACGGCGUAGACUCUCGUAA